GUUUCAUUCACACUCAUUUCACAAUCCUAGCCUAGAAAAGACCCACGAUAUAUCAAACUCAUAUGAUUAUUAAUGACUAUGAUAUCUUAAUAAGAAGAUUCAGAUACCCUCAACAGAAAACAAAACAAACUAAAUGGAAAAUUUUCAUCUCUUUCAAAACCAAACCAUUCUUAGCUUUGAACUUUGAGCUCAAACUCCAACAUUCCUAACAAAGAAAAUCCAAACAUCUUCUUUAGACAAACAUGAGUAACUGGUUAGGAUUUUCUCUCACUCCACACUUGAGGAUUGAUGAAGAAUUUGGUACAGAAAACCAAAACCAAAACCAAAACCAUGUAGCUGAAGGAUCAGAAAUAGGAAGAAACUAUGUUACUCCUUCUUCUCAUCCUCAUCCUCAUCAUUUAUCUAUUAUGCCUCUACGUUCUGAUGGUUCACUUUGUGUUUCUGAUUCCUUUACUCCUCAAGAAUGGAGAUAUGAGAAUGCAAUAACUGAUGGAAAUUCAAAUGAAGAAGGACCAAAACUUGAAGAUUUUUUGGGAUGUUACUCAAACCAAAACCAGAAUAGUACUACUACUAGUACUAUGUCUAAAAUUAAUGUUAAUGUGUCACCAAGUUUUUGUACCAAUAAUAAUCCAGAGAUUGACACAAGGGAGAAUCUAACAAACCAAUCUUUGAUUCACUCUUUUCAUGCAUAUAAUGAUCACAGCAACAACAAUCAUCAUGCUUUAAUCCAUGAUAAUAGCAUGUAUAAAUCUUGGAUGACUCAAACUCAGUUUUCUUCUGAGGGGAAAACAACUUCUAGUGAUGGAAAUGGUUUUCAAUCUCUUAAUUUGACUAUGAGUCCUUGUGUGCAAAAUGGUGUUGGUGGGGGUGUUGGUAGUGCAAUUUCUAAUGUUCAAGUGAAUGAAGAUCCUAGGAAAAGGUCUUUGUCAAAAUCUAAUGCUAGAGAACCUGUUCCUCGUAAAUCUAUUGAUACUUUUGGACAAAGAACUUCUCAAUACCGUGGUGUUACAAGGCAUAGAUGGACUGGGAGAUAUGAAGCACAUUUAUGGGAUAAUAGUUGCAGAAAAGAAGGGCAAACAAGGAAAGGAAGGCAAGUUUACCUUGGUGGGUAUGAUAAGGAAGAAAAAGCAGCAAAGGCUUAUGACUUAGCUGCACUGAAGUAUUGGGGUCCAACAACUCACAUAAAUUUCCCUUUAAGCACUUAUGAUAAGGAACUUGAAGAAAUGAAGCACAUGACUCGGCAAGAAUUUGUCGCCAAUUUAAGAAGGAAGAGCAGUGGAUUUUCAAGAGGUGCGUCUGUGUAUAGAGGUGUGACAAGACACCAUCAACAUGGAAGGUGGCAGGCUCGGAUUGGAAGGGUUGCAGGAAACAAGGACUUGUAUCUUGGUACAUUUAGCACGCAAGAAGAGGCUGCAGAAGCAUAUGAUAUUGCAGCAAUCAAGUUUAGGGGAACAAGUGCUGUGACCAACUUUGACAUAAGUAGGUAUGAUGUCAAGAGAAUAUGCUCAAGUUCAACUCUAAUUACCGGAGAUCUCGCAAAACGUUCUCCUAAAGACUCCACCCCUCCCGCAACCACAGCCGAGGACUUCAAUUCAUGUGGAAGUUCAUCGACACUUUCUCAGCCGCCUCCUCUGACUAUUACUGAUGGUGAACAACAUUCUGAUGAAUUGUCCAACAUGGUGUGGAAUUCCAACAACGACGAGCAAAAACCUCAGAACGGCACCAACAUCACCGAAUCAUCACAGCACGGUUCACCAAGCAACAAGAAUGAGAUGAACCCUCAAAGUCCCAAAUGUUCAUUGGGACUACCUAAUGAGUUUGGAGUGAGUGGAGCAGAUUAUGGACAUGGUUACUUCACACUGCAUGGACCAAAAUUUGAUGAUGGAAGCAAUGAAAAUGACCACAUGAACAACAAUAGGCUUGGAAAUUUGGGUUUGGUUAAUCAAGUUCCUAUGUUUGCUUUGUGGAAUGAAUGAAGGGAAUGUUUUGACAUUAAAAAACAUUAGCUUAGGAAUUAAAUCAAAUGUCAGAAUUAUUAUUGUUGAAUGAUUAUUUAUGUUUGGUAUAUGGUAGUAACAUGUUUUUCUUUUGAAGGAAAAGUUAUGUCAGAAAUGUUGAUUC